UGGCAGACGUAUUGUAUCUCCGGUCCCGCAGUGACCGACGGAUCUGCUUCCUCUGUGUCACCUUUAUUUCAGUCCGUCGAGCAUCAAUAAAAACACGUGUGUGAACCGUCCCGAUGUUUUCCACUCUUAUGGUCAGAGUUGGGGAGGUUCUGUUGCCGGGAGACGAGUUCUCCUGUGAGACCGACGACACCAUCUCUCUGACGGACCACGUUAAACCGGAGAAAGUGGUUUGUGGUCCGGGUCUGAGGCGGAGCGGAGACCGGCUGGUGGUCUGUAAAAGCGGCGUCCUGCGACACAAACAGCCGAACGUGUUCUGGAUCGAUUCCCAGCAGCGGAGGUAUGUCCCCGCUAAAGGCGAGACAGUCAUCGGCAUCGUCACCACCAAGUCAGGUGACAUCUUCAAGGUGGACUUCGGAGGAAGUGAACAGGCGUCUCUGUCCUACCUGGCGUUUGAGGGAGCCACCAAGAGGAACAGACCCAACGUCCAGGUGGGGGACCUGGUGUUUGCUCAGUUCAUUAUAGCCAAUAAGGACAUGGAGCCAGAGCUGGUCUGUAUCGACAGUUCAGGACGGGCCAAUGGGAUGGGAGUGUUCGGAGGAGGCGGGCUGCUCUUCAGAGUCUCUCUGGGACUGGUGAGGAGACUGCUGUCCCCCCACAGUGAGAUCCGGUCUGAUCUGGACCAGCUGUUCCCCUGUGAGCUGGUGGUGGGGAUGAACGGGCGUCUGUGGGUCCGGUCCUCCAGCGUCCAGCAGACCCUGAUCAUCGCAAACCUGCUGCAGAGCUGUGACACCAUGACAGCCCCCCAGAGACGGGAGCUGUUCAGGAGGGUCAAACAGGGGGCGCUGUAGACCACAUCAAACCACAUCAGACCACCUGCUGUGGGUGAUUAGAGGAAGUUUGAUCCUCCUGUGAAUGUUUCGCCUGGCUCCAGUGAUGUCACACUGUACUCCAGGAUCCUGUGACCUCACUACUGGGUGUGGUCACAGAGUUAUGAUUAAAGGAACAACUCUUUCACAUCUGUGAUAAACCGCUCAGUGAUUGGCCACCUUCAGCCAAUCAGAGCAGAGUUUGUGUUGACACAUACAGUAACAGAUUCUGUCAGUUUUAUCUCUGUAUUUAAAGACUCCACAGUCCUGGACCUGAGUCAAGUCCAUCUCACAUCAGACCUGGUUUCCCUAUAGUUCUGGAUUGGUUCUGAUCCAGAUUCUGAUCCAAUUACUUUCCUUCUAAUGUUGUUUAUCACAUGACAGAAAUGACUCAAAUGAUGAGAGCUGAGGAAGGUCAUGAGAUAGAGAGCUCUGGAGAAAGAGUAGAGAAGUGGUCUCUGUUCCACCUCAGGUCCAGGUUUUAAACCCUGUAAAUCAAGUCGACAUGAGUCACAGAGAAUAAAAUGCUUAAACAUUCAAACGGCUGCAGAGUUUGAAGCUUUACUUUUCAGAUGUUUUUCUAUGUGUGUGUGUGUGUGUGUGUGUGUGUACAGCUGAUGUUUGAUCCUGGAGACAUCUUGAUCAGUAAAAUCAGGUGUCACCUGGAGGAGGAGGAGCCUGGUGACUAGAGCAGCUUCCUGUUUGUUUGUUUGUUUGUUUGUCAGCUGCUCUGAUGAAUCUUCUGGUUUCUUUAUAUUUGUAAUAAACAGUUUAAUACCAUG